UCUUUUCUGAAUUGAGACAAAAAACUACUUUUUUACUGUAUUUGUUUGUUCCAAACCAAACAGUGUUCCUUCCAUGGCAAACCAAAACCCUCCUUCAACCCCAACCUCAGAUGUUGAAGCUCAGAAAACCACUCCUUCUCAAACAAACCCUCCACCCAAAAGAUUCACAGUCAAAACUGUGCUGCAGAAUGUGAAAACCAACUUGGUUUUCCAUUCAAAAUGGGCUGAACUAAAUGGUGCCAUGGGUGACCUUGGCACCUUCAUACCUAUAGUGCUAGCAUUGACUCUAUCCAAGAACCUCAACCUUGGCACCACAUUAAUCUUCACAGGUAUCUACAAUAUUUUUACUGGUAUGAUUUAUGGGGUCCCCAUGCCUGUCCAGCCAAUGAAGUCUAUUGCUGCUGAGGCCUUAUCGGACUCCGGCUUUGGCGUGCCGGAGAUUAUGACCGCCGGAAUCUUAACCGGGGCUGUGUUGUUUUUUCUGGGUAUCACUGGGUUGAUGCAGCUGGUGUACAAGUUGAUUCCUCUAUCUGUUGUUAGGGGAAUCCAACUGGCACAGGGGUUGUCUUUUGCUAUAACUGCUGUUAAAUAUGUGAGGAAGAUUCAGGAUAUCCCAAAGUCUAAAUCUUUGGGACCAAGGCAUUGGUUUGGAUUGGAUGGGUUGGUUUUGGCUAUAGUUUGUGCCUGUUUUAUUGUGAUUGUGAAUGGGGCUGGGGAACAGAAUCGUGGGUGUUGUGGUGAUCCAGGUACAGAACAAACUAGAAAUUGUGAUUUGGAUGGCCAAAGGAGUGGUGAGGGUGAGGGAGCAAGGAAUAGGACUAUUAGAGACAGAGUUAGAAAGAUUGUGUUUUCACUUCCUUCUGCUUUUUUAGUCUUUGUGUUGGGUGUUAUUUUGGCUUUUAUUAGAAGGCCUAAAGUGGUACAUGAAAUUGAAUUUGGACCCUCUUCCAUGGAAGUGGUGAAAUUCUCUAGGCAUGCUUGGAAGAAAGGUUUUAUCAAGGGAACAAUUCCUCAGCUUCCAUUGUCAAUUUUGAACUCUGUGAUUGCUGUUUGCAAGUUGUCAUCAGAUCUGUUCCCAGAAAAAGAAUUCUCAGUAACUUCCAUAUCAGUGACUGUUGGUUUGAUGAACUUGGUUGGUUGUUGGUUUGGCGCCGUGCCGACUUGCCAUGGGGCUGGGGGGCUUGCAGGGCAGUACAAGUUUGGUGGAAGGAGUGGUGGGUGUGUGGCACUUCUUGGUGCUGCUAAAUUGAUACUGGGUUUGGUUCUGGGAACUUCAUUGGCUCACAUUUUGAAGCAGUUUCCAGUGGGGAUCUUAGGUGUGUUGCUUCUGUUUGCUGGAAUUGAACUUGCCAUGUGUGCUAGGGACAUGAACACCAAGGAAGAUUCCUUUGUGUGUCUUAUUUGCACUGCAGUUUCACUAAUGGGUUCAAGUGCUGCUCUUGGAUUUCUGUGUGGAAUGGUUGUGUAUGUGCUCCUUAAGCUAAGGAGUUGGACAAAAGAUAAGCCACUUUCUACCAUUUGGACACUGAGAAGCCCUAUGUAAAAAGGAAGGAAAGGAACAUGUACAGUACAGGAACAAGGUAUUCUGAUGAUUGGAAUUGUAUAUCUAGUGCUUUUUGUGUAAAUAUUAUGUUGGUGUAUUUUUCUUUGUUGGUAUUUGAAGCCAAUUGAAUAUCUAGUGUUUUCCUUAUGCUGUAAUUGUAAUGAGCAUAGUAAAGUAGGAACAACUUCAGUUA